AAAUGCCUUGUAAGUGGCACGAGGCUUAUAUCUGGAAGAUACCCGGCUCCAGUACUCCCUGGUGGCAUUGUGUAUAGAAUGGGCAGGCCUGUUUUAGAGCUACAUCAGUCUAGAUAUUAUUCUUCUGGAGGCAGAAAAGGCUUUAUAUCAGGGUUUGUGGACAACAUCAAACAGGAAUUAGCAAAAAAUAAAGAGAUGAAAGAAAGUAUUAAAAAAUUCCGGGAUGAAGCUAAAAAGCUAGAAGAAUCUGAUGCUCUCCAGGAAGCAAGGAGAAAAUAUAAAACCAUUGAAUCAGAAACAGUUAAGACCUCUGAAGUGAUUAAAAAGAAGCUGGAAGAAAUAACAGGAUCAGUCAAAGAGAGUUUGGAUGAAGUAAGUAGAAGUGAUAUUGGUCGGAAGAUAAAAGAAGGUGUGGAAGAAGCUGCCAAAACAGCAAAGCAGUCUGCAGAAUCAGUGACCAAAGGAGGGGAGAAACUGGGCAAGACGGCAGCAUUCAAAGCAAUCUCUCAGGGAGUAGAAACUGUGAAGAAGGAAAUAGAUGAAAGUGUUCUAGGGCAGACGGGUCCCUACAGACGCCCCGAGCGACUCAGGAAAAGAAUGGAGUUUGCUGGAGAGAAUGUCAGAGAGAGAGUAUUUGAAGCUAACGAGGAGGCCAUGGGUGUGGUGGUGCACAAAGAUUCCAAAUGGUAUCAGCAGUGGAAAGAUUUCAAGGACAACAAUGUGGUCUUCAAUAGGUUCUUUGAAAUGAAGAUGAAAUAUGAUGAAAGCGAUAACGCCUUGAUUCGGGCCUCCAGAGCUGUCACAGACAAAGUCACCGAUUUAAUAGGUGGGCUGUUCUCGAAGACAGAAAUGUCAGAGGUUUUGACAGAGAUCCUCAAAGUGGACCCAGCUUUUGACAAGGAUCGGUUUCUAAAGCAAUGUGAGAGUGACAUAAUUCCUAAUGUCCUGGAGGCCAUGAUAUCUGGAGACCUGGAUAUCCUCAAAGAUUGGUGCUAUGAAGCAACUUACAGCCAGCUUGCUCAUCCAAUCCAACAAGCCAAAGCUACAGGGCUCCAGUUCCACUCAAGAAUUCUGGACAUUGACAAUAUUGAUCUUGCUAUGGGGAAGAUGAUGGAGCAGGGACCUGUAUUAAUUAUCACUUUCCAGGCUCAACUUGUUAUGGUGAUUAAAAAUCAGAAGGGAGAAGUAGUAGAAGGAGAUACGGACAAAGUUCUGCGGAUGCUGUACGUAUGGGCGCUCUGCAGAGACCAGGAUGAACUCAACCCCUAUGCAGCCUGGAGGUUAUUGGACAUUUCUGCUUCAAGCACAGAGCAGAUCCUCUAAGAAUUCCAUCCAAGAGCUCCUGUGCCUCUCACUUGCCCCCGUGCCAUGGCUGAACCCGCCCCACCCUGCAGUGUGCUGCAGGAGCUGUGAGGACACUCUGUGAUGGCUCCUUCUCAGAUGUGCUGCCACUGCCAGUCUUUGACGUGACCUGCCCGUGGCUGCCCUGGGCAGAGCCUGGCUGUAUGCCGAGGCGCCUGCAGUAGGUGUAAGUGUGACCAAUUUUAAGACACUAGCAGCUGCUGUUGGUUCCUUUUGAAAUCUUGGUUGGAGGAGGCUGGCCUCUUACCUCCCCGUUCCCUCGUGCUUCCUGGCAGAGACCCAGGUGGGCAAGCAGAGGUGCCUGCAUCUGUAGUAAGCCAAAGGCUGCCUCCCCUCUUCCCUGCAAGGCACACAGGGCUCAGCUGCUCUCUUACUAGGUAGCCCCAAUAAGCUCCUGCUGAUGCAGUGUCAUGCACUUUACCAAACCAAAUGCAACCAGACUUGCACCUUCCACAGAGCCCUGCAAGGCUGGGCCAUAUCAGCCCCAGCCAGGAAGGUUUGCAGAUCUGGCUGCAGCAGAGGCAAGGUUCCCGUGGUGGUACACACGGUGCCCCUGCUGCUUUGCAGGGGGAGUCUUGGUGUUUGAAUCCCCCGAGAGCCGGGCAUGUCACAUGAGCUGUACUCAGCGGGGCAGAGGAGUUGGCUGUGGGGGCAGAGCUGUAGAAUACUGAGCAGGGACAAGAGGGAUGGGCAGAAGCAGUUGGCAUUACCUCCUGUAGGCCCAGCAAAGAGCCAGCAAGGUGCAGAAUCAGCAUAGCCACCCCGGGUCGUUUACUGCUAAAAGUGAGUGCAGCGGGUGUGAUUCACCUGCCUGCUUUGUAUGACUAAAGGGCUGCACACCUGGCCUCUCAUCGGGGCGGCAGCUGCAGAGCUUGGAGGCGGGUUGCUGGCACCGAAUCCAAACUGGUGCUUGAUAAAUGGAGGUUCAGCGGAGAUGUUCUCAUGUGACUCCAUCCUUCUGUGGCCUCCUUCAAUAAAGAGUGCUGAGUCUUGCAAGGCUG